AUGUUAUGUGGGAUAAGAGGUGAUGGUGUGAUACCUUUAGACUGGGUGACCAGAGUCAAGAUUGCUCUAGAUGCAGCAAGAGGCAUCGCUCAUGUCCACGGACAAGAUGAGAUGCUCGUGCUCGGAAAUAUAAAAUCCUCCAAUAUUUUCAUCAACGACCAAAAUCAUACCACUGUGGCCUUUGAUGCUGGAUUGGCAAAUCUGAUAAGUCCCGAGAGGCUGCCACAUGUACUAGAUUUAGUCUACUGUGCCCCAGAAGUAGCAAGCUCGGGGGAAGUGUCACAGGCUUCUGAUGUCUAUAGCUUUGGAGUUGUGCUGCUUGAACUUUUUUACGGAGUCUCAUCUCAAGUUUUUUCAUUGCUGCCUGAGCUGGUUCGAUCUGUUAAUCAUACCCAUGACUGGCCUGCGGAACUGGUGGAUGGCGCUUUUCUGAGGUACAGAGACAAGCAGGCGCUGGCACAAGCAUUGCAGAUGGCAGCGGGUUGUGUUGGCACAGUCGUGGAACAUAGGCCUACGAUAUUUGAAGUUGUGAAGGGGGGUAUUUUUGUCAUUUCUGUUCAAAAAUGUUCCAGUUGUAUUCAAAACACGCCGCUAAACUCUCGAACAUUUCUCUGA